AAGUACGCAAAUCUUCAUUUUAGACGAGAAUCUAUACUAAUAUUAUAAAGCGGUGACUAUUCACGUGAGGAAAGUAUGAAUGAAUAAAACGUAAUGAGACGUCAUUCGGAUUUCCUAUAAAAAGUUCGGUAGCGAACAUUUUGCCAGUGAUGGUGUAAAAAGUAGAGUAGAAUCGUGGGCGAUGUUGCUGAACUGGAGAAGAUGGUCCUACUUCGUGAUUAUAUGUUUAAUGCACAUCGUAAAACAAGGGAGCGGACAGGCAACAGACGUGGAUGUCCGUCUGACAGCACCCAGCUGGGUCGCACGAGGUGGAUCCGCGACUAUGCGAUGUCUACAUCAGGUACCUCCACAAUUACUCUAUAAAGUUGAAUUCCUAAGAUCGGGAGCCAAACUAUUGCAGUAUGUUCGCGAGAGAGUACCGCCGUUUACCAAUUACACGUUUCCUGGUGGAAAGUUAAAUAUGUCUCUCGUAACUGAAAAUUCUAUAACAAUCGAGAAUUUGGAUCCUUCAGCGUCAGGCUUGUAUUGGUGCGAGGUGUCUCUAGAGACGCCGAUCUUUACGGCCGCCUCGCCGCCGCAUCAGCUUACUGUAGUCUAUGCCCAAAAGCAUCCACCGAUCAUAACAUUCGGAAAACCCGAUGUGGUUGUCGAAGGAUUGCUGCGAGCUAACUGUACCAGCGCACCGGCCGCGCCCGCGCCGCGUCUCACCUGGUAUAUUGACAAUGAAAAGGUACCUGAGGAUUCUAUCAAAUAUUUCUCGUACAGAGUAUCAAGUUCGACUCGAACUAAAGGCGGCGGUGGAUACAAAAACAGAAAGUAUCAUCACCGAUAUAUAGCUCCAGAGUUUAACUAUACAGCUAAAUAUUGGGCUCUAGUUAGUGAGACUACCACAAUAACACCGAACACGACUAAACAUAACAAAUGUACUUUAAAUGAAGCGCAAAGCGAAGAAAUGAAAAAGAUUCGCGAGAAGCCACGGGAACCACAAAUAGUUCCGAUAUCUUUAUGGGUGUCGAUCGCGGAGCUGAGGACUCCAGCACAUGGCAGACUGCAGCUCACCUGCACAGCCACCAUUCCUGAUGAGGUCGGCCCCGGGGAGCGAUACGCUGAUCUAAAGAAACAAACUGUAUCAGUUGAGAUGAACGAAUUAAGCCUCAAACGACCACUAACAGAAACUAGCCAAGCUAAUGCGACCGCAUCGUUUAUAUUACCGCAUCAUCCUCUUUGGAUUAUCAGCUACGGUGUACUCUUACAUGAGCUUCAACUACUAUUAUAUUAAAAAAAUACCGACACAGGAGCUCGCAAACAUGGAAGUUACAGUGAAUUUCCACUGUCGUAACACUUAUUUGACAACAUUGCUAUCUCUCUCACUCUAUUUGAAAACAACAGUAAUAGUAAAAGUCUGAUAUAAUAGAAGAGACCAUGGGAGAUCAAGAUCAAUCCAAAUUGACAAAAAUUAAUAAAUUACCCAUGAACACUUUGAUAGGCAAAUAAUCAAAGCAUGUUUUUAAUAAAUAAUAUUUGAUCCAAAAUAAUCAUCUGGUCACCUAUAUGAAAAUCGAUCUUCCACUGACUCCUAGACUACAAGUGUCACGACAUUUGAAAUUUAUUCUUAGCAACCGCAUUACUUAAUAUUUUAUGUCGAUCCAUAUUAGUG